UGUGAUCAGUGCGCCGCAGAGACGAUUCAAAAUGGCGGAUUCGGUCACGAUUGAAGUCGGUCGUGUUUCGGGAAAUCAAGAAAUAGAGUUAGAAUAUGGUCGUGAAAAGGCUGAGGGAGAACUCAGUGAUUCAAGUCAAUCCAGCAAUAAAUCGGGCACAAAAGAGAAGAAGCACAAACAGAAGCACAAACAUCGGCACAAACGGAAACAUUCCAAUCGAGAUCCAAGUGAAAAGAGUCGCCACAAACACAAGAAACACAAACAUAAGAAACAUAAACACAAGCGACAGAGUGAUGGAGAAAAUGCAGAGGAAAAUGUUGCACAGGAUGCAAAACGUCCACGGAUGCUGGCAUCAGACUUGUAUGAACCCAUUGGGACGAAUAGUGAGGUGUCGGUGGACCCUAGUGAUCUAGUUGAUGAUGAACAAUCUGGUGUGAAGGCCAUGGACAUGAUUGCUCAGGGGUAUGGUACUGAUUCAGAAGAGGAGGAAGGAGAGGUGGAUUAUGAGGAUCGUAGGCGCCAGCGCUUGAAUCGCAAGUAUCAGGAGUUCGUUGAUCGGCAGGAGGGGGUGGUGGUGUCAAUAAGUUCUGAGGAAAUGUCUGAAAAGGCCAGUAUUCAUACGACAGAACCCAAGGAGUUAGAGGAAGGAGAGACUGAAGGAGAAUCCGAGGAGGAGCCAGAGCCUGUUAAGCGGGUAGUUAGAAAAAAACGUUCUUCUCCUAUUCCAUACCUUCCAGCCUAUGACGAGCCUCCACCUCUUUCAUAUACCUAUAAAGAAAAACAUGGUGAAAAGGUUUUGAAGCGCAGCCCAUCGUUAGAAAAGGAAAACUAUCGCCAUAAUAAUAGACAGGUAUAUGAUGAACCAGUUCGCCACUUUUCACCUCCGUCCCGCUUUACUCCUGAACGAAAAGUGCACCGAAGUCGAUCGCCAUCUCCAAGACGACAAUCACACCCAGAAUCGGGUGCUAGAAAAAAGUCAUCAUCUCGGCACAGUAGGUCACCUCUGCCCCCAAAGCCUAGAAAUCGAUCACCUCCCAGACGCAGAGGACCAUCUCCACCCCCCAGGCGUAGAGAAGUCGAGAGAAGUCGAGAUGUGGACAGAAAUAGAAGAGGCUCAAUAGAACGUCCACCUCUAAGAAGAAGCAACUCUCCCAGAAAGAGGCCACGAUCAAGAUCUCCAAUACCAAGACGCAUUUCUCCUAGCCGCAGGUCACCAAUUCCACGCCCGCCUUUUAGAAGUCGAUCCAGAGACCGUGGCCAGACAUACUUUGGACGAGUCAUGGAGCGCCACAGGGAACGAAGUCGUUCUCGGGACCGGGGAAGAUCAGGCCGAGGACGUGACUUGGACCGGAGCUCAAGGAAAAAGAAAUCUGCUGAGGACAAGUUCAAGGGUAGUUUGUCUGAAGGCAUGAAGGCUCACGAUUCUUCAUCAGAGGAAAUCGAGGAUAUUGACAUACCAGAUGAGGAGGAGGAUGACGAAGCGAUUAUUGAAAGAAGGAGAAGAGAGCGGGAAGCUCUUCUUCAGAAACUAAAAGCGGAGAAAGAAGCAGCGGACAACCCUACAGACAUCUUUGCUGAAGAUGAACAGCAGCCUGAGGCUGAGGAAGAAAACAUGGAAGAGGCAGCUGAGGAAGAAGAAGUUGAAGAAGAAGCUGAAAGUGAAGAGUCUGUGGAAGAUGUCUCGGAAGCUGAAGAAGAGGAAGCUAACGCUGAACCUAUACAGGAUGAGGAGGAUGUCGACAUUGAAGACUUUCUGUAUGGAGAUAAGAAAGAUGAACAGAAGGAGGAAGAGGAUGACUCUUGGCAGGAUAAAAAGGUUGAGACACGUAAAAAUGAAGACAAUGAAAGGAGGAGUGAGGACCGCAGAUAUGAUGAAGAGGACCGGAUACAGGAGAAGAGUAGUCGGAGGCGGGAGAGGGCUAAUGAUCGGCAGAGGGAUGAUGAUAGACGCAGAGAUAAAGAGGAAGAUCGUCGCAAAGAUAAAUAUGGGGAGAGGCGGAGAGAUGAUGAUUGCCGAAAAGAUCAGGAUAAUGAUCGUCGAAAAGAUAGAGAUAACGAUGGCCGGAGAUAUAGGGAGGAUGAUCGGCGUAAAGAUAGGUAUGAUGACAGUCGGCGAGAUAGGUAUGAUGACCGCCGCAGGGAUAAAGACGACGACCGUCGGAGAGGCAGGGAUGAUGACCGAAGAAGGGACCGGGAGGAUAGUCGACGAAGAGACGAUCUGCGUAGAGACAGAGAUGAUGAUUAUAAAAAAGGUAGAAAUGGAGCGCUGAAAGAUAAGUCUGUGGAACCAGAAAAAGAGGCUGUUGAAGUUGUUGACCAAAAAGUUCAGGAGAGUCGUUCUCAGUCACGUUCAUCAUCUGUUGACAGCAAGAGUGCAGCAUCUUCGUCAGAUAGUGAUGAUGUGGCUGAAGCUGCAGCCAAGGACUUGGAGGAGUCUGGAGAGUUUGACUUCAAUGCUUCCAUAACAAACAAGAUGAAUACUAUUGAAUCAGGGCAAGAGCCAAAGAAGUUUGUCAAUGGUCUUGAUAUGUUUGCCGAGAUGGAUGUUGAAGUGGUCAGUGACAGAUAUAUGAGCCCUAGUACUCUUGGUACAAUAGGUACUGGUCACGAGAAUCCUGCAUUGACUGAUAACUGGGAUGAUGCAGAAGGAUACUACAGAGUGCGGAUUGGUGAAACAUUGAAUGGGAGAUACAACGUUUAUGGUUACACGGGUCAGGGCAUGUUUAGUAACGUUGUGAGGGCACGAGACACAGCCAGAGGAGGACAGGAUGUUGCCAUAAAGAUUAUCAGGAAUAAUGAACUCAUGCACAAAACUGGCCUCAAAGAGUUAGAGUGCCUGAAAAAGCUCAAUGAUGCAGACCCAGAUGAUAAAUUCCACUGUCUUCGGUUGUUCAGAAAUUUCUUCCAUAGGAAUCAUUUGUGUAUGGUCUUCGAACCACUUAGUAUGAACUUGCGAGAAGUAUUAAAGAAGUAUGGUAAAGAUAUUGGUCUGCACAUCAAAGCUGUGAGGUCCUACUGCCAACAGCUCUUCCUAGCCCUCAAGCUUCUCAAGCGGGCCAGUGUGCUUCAUGCGGACAUCAAACCAGAUAAUAUCUUAGUUAAUGAGUCGAAACUGGUUCUAAAGCUGUGUGAUUUUGGUUCCGCCUGCCAUAUAUCGGAGAACGAUAUUACGCCUUACCUUGUCAGUAGAUUCUACCGUGCUCCAGAAUUAAUUAUGGGGAUGGGCUAUGACCACAGCAUUGACUUGUGGUCUGUUGGUGUGACGUUAUGUGAGUUGUACACAGGGAAGAUCCUAUUCCCGGGGAAGACCAACAACGAGAUGUUGAAACUGAUGAUGGACUUGAAGGGAAAGAUGCCCAACAAGGUCAUACGGAAAGGAUUGUUCAAAGACAAACACUUCGAUUCUAGUUAUAACUUCUUAUAUCACGAGGUGGACAAAGUCACACAUCGGGAAAAGAUUACAACGAUGACAUCUCUUCAUGCCAGCAAGGACUUAUUCGCAGAAUUGAUAGGUUAUCAACGACUGCCUGAGGAUCAACUGCGCAAAGUCAAACAAUUUGAGGACCUACUCGGGAAAUUGCUCAUGUUGGACCCGGCAAAACGCAUCUCCAUCAACCAGGCGUUGACACAUCCAUUCGUUCAGGAGAAAUUCUGAGGGACAUCUGUGGAAUGACAG